UGAUGAUCCAUUAAUUCAACAAGUCAAACAAGAAAUGGGCGAUGAUGAUGAACAUGGUGGUAUCAAUUCCAAUUUUGAUGGUGAAUUGGUCGAUUUGGCAUUAAAUGAUACUUUUGAAGAACUUGAACAAUUGGACUUGGAUAUUGAAGCAGCAAAUGGGGAUGAAAUCGAAAACAAUGUGAAUGGUGAAAAAACACUAGAAGAAUCUGAUGAAACAGACGCACAUGACUCAGAUUUGCCUGUCAAUGAAGCGGAAUAUGAGAAAGAAGUCGGAAACAACGGUGAAGAUUCAACAAUUGAAUUAGAUGAAACAAACGCACGUGAACUAGAUUUGGCUGUCAAUCAAUCGGUAAAUGAGGAAGAAAUCGUAAACAAUUUGAACGGGGAAGAUCAAGCCAAUGAUCAAUAUGUUGUUGCCAGUGUAAAGGUGUCAACGAACACCGACUCU